AUGGUUAAGCAUCUUCUUUUUGUGAAAAUGCAUUCUUUGCACAAAGUAAUCACAUUUCAAUUUCCCCUGUUCUGUUUUUUCCUCUUGCUAUCUCCUCUGUAUUCAAAUGCUGCUGUUGCUCCACUUCCAAAACCCAAUAACAACAAUAAUGCACUUGUCGAAAAGGCUUGUACAUAUAUACCUGACAAACCCUUCUGCUUAAACUACCUCAAAAGUAAUCCAAAGGUUAUAUCAAAAUCAAAUCCGUUAGAGUUUGCACUUGCAAUUAUUCAGUCAGGAGCUGACGAUGCCAAAAAUAUACACGCCUAUUUGUCCAAACCCAAAGGAAAACAGAGCCCACAAGCAAUUCAGGCAUAUAAAGAUUGCAAAACAAAUUGGGAAAAUCUGGCUAGUGGGUUGGAAAGGAGUGUGAAGUUUAUUAAAGAAGAACAAGGGUAUGGUUAUGACACAACAGAUUAUGAUCUUAAAGUGAAUCUUGACAAAGCUAAUUGGUGCGGAAAUGCGUUAGAAUCUGCAAGGAUUCAAGAUCCUGUUAUCGCACAAGGGGUGAAAAAAGUAUCACUCGCUGUAAUGGGAGCAGAUGCUAUUCUGGUUGGAGUUAAGCCUCCCAAAAAACUGGAUUAG